ACAUGCUAGAGGAGCUCUGUCAUUCUCUCAACCCUGAUCCCUUCGGGCACCACUCACUGCAGCUCAGCCAUGGCCAAGGCACCUCCGCGCACUGUGCUUAUCACCGGCUGCUCCUCAGGCAUCGGGCUGCGCAUGGCUGUGCAACUGGCGCAGGACCCAAGCAAGCGAUUUCACGUCAUUGCCACCAUGCGCGACCUGCGCAAGAAGGACAAGCUGGAGGCAGCUGCUGGGGACACACUCAACAAGACCCUCAGCAUCCAGCGCCUUGAUGUCUGCAGUGAUGAGUCUGUGGCUGAGUGCAUCAACAGCCUUCCUGAGAAACGACUGGAUGUGCUGGUGAACAAUGCCGGUGUGGGGCUCGUUGGGCCUGUAGAGUCCAUUUCUAUCGAUGACAUGAAGCGCGUCUUUGAGACCAACUUCUUUGGUGCCAUCCGCAUGAUCAAAGCUGUUCUCCCUGAAAUGAAGCGAAGACAGAGAGGACACAUUGUAGUUAUCAGCAGCGUCAUGGGAUUGCAAGGUGUCCCCUUCAAUGACGUGUAUGCUGCCUCCAAGUUUGCCAUGGAAGGUUUCUGUGAAAGCCUAGCUGUGCAACUCCUCAAAUUCAACAUUUUCAUCUCUCUGGUAGAGCCCGGUCCAGUCAACACAGAAUUUGAGAUGAAGCUGAUGGAGGAAGUGGCCCGCUCCGAGUUCCCGGGAGCCGAUGCUGCCACUGUGCGAUACUUCAAGGAGAUCUAUCUUCCGGCCUCCCAUGAGAUAUUCACCACCAUGGGCCAGACCCCUGAGUAUGUGGCUAAGGCUGUUGUGAACGUCAUCACCAAGGAGCGUCCUCCUUUCCGGACACAGACAAACGCCCUAUACACACCACUGGUGGCCCUGAAGUACGCGGAUACCUCAGGGGAUCUGUCCGUUGGCACCUACUACAACCUGCUUUUUCGCUUCACAGGCAUCUUCCACCUCAGCAUGAGCUUCCUCAAAUGCAUCACAUGCAGCUGUUUCCGGCGCCGGGUCACACCUGCUUGAGGUCAGGGUGGGCGAGGCACUGAUGGUAGCAGAGCCUCACCUCUUCCCACUGCCCUACUAAGGCUAUGUCGGAUGACCAGAUUGAACUAGAGAAGUACAUGAGACAUUCUGCAACAGAUAGUCCACUCCCAUGUUUUAAAGCUACCAGAUUCUGGUGAAUUUACAGAUAAGGAAUGUGUAUUGGGGAGGAAUUAAAGUCAACAGGUCCUUUGGGAUGUGAGUAGGAAUGUCAGGUCUUUCCAACAGAAAAAGGAGCAGGACUUGCCAAUGUUUGUUUACUUGUCCCAUGUUUGAACAGAAAUCAACCCAGCGAAUGCCAUCGGGAUUUGCUGUUGUUAUUGCUUUCAGUCCGCAAAUGAUACAUAAUUGAUUACAUUCCCCUCUAUUUGCAUUGAAAUGAACAGGGUGGAAUAAUGUAACAGCAACAUAAAAGGUAAAGGUACCCUUGACCAUUAGGUCCAGUCGCGGACGACUCUGGGGUUGCGUGUUCAUCUUGCUCUAUAGGCCAAGGGAGCCAGCGUUCGUCCGCAGACAGUUUUUCUGGAUCAUGUGGCCAGCAUGACUAAGCCGCUUCUGGCAAAACCAGAGCAUCGCACAGAAAUGUUGUUUACCUUCCCACUGUACCUAUUUAUCUACUUGCAGUACCUAUUUAUCUACUUGCACUUUGACGUUGCAAGCAACGUCACUUGCACAGCAACAUACUUUAUGUAAUUAUGUGCAUAAAUUAUGUGAGUCGCAUAAUUUCACCACAGCAGACAGCAAGACCAAUAGCACAGUUUGCGGCAGAAGGUAAGCUGCAACAGAAUGCAACCAUGCUGCAUGCGACAAACACAGGGUGGAAUGUUGCCUCCGGUGAAGUUUGAAAUAAAUCCAGGGACAAAAACUAGGCAGAAGUGUGAGGGGAAAUUGAAAGGAUAUUGGUAUAUUUCAGUGAACUUUCUCAGACUCUAAAUAACCUCAACAGAACUGUGCAAUUCUGUAUAAAGCAGCCCCAUGGGACCUGGCAAAAAACUCCUAUAAGGUCUUAAGGUCCUGCUCAUACAGCGUUCUUGUUCCCAUAAAGCUGAAUAGUGGAGCAUUCAGGACAGACCAAAAGAAGCACUUCUUCACACAGUGCAUAUUUAUAGCUAUGGGCUUUGCUGCCAGAAGAUGUAAUGAUGGCUACUAGCUUAGAUAGCUUUCAAAGAGGGUUUAGACAAAUUCAUGGAGGGUAAGGCUACCAAUGGCUCUCAGCCAUGAUGGCACUACCCACCUGAGUGAGAAGCUGAGACCAGCUGCUGAGGAGCAUCAGUGGAGAGAAGGUGCUGUUGCCCUCAGGUCCAGCUUGUGGGUUUCCCCUAGGCAUCUGCUUGGCCAAUUUGAAGGAGAUGCACCUGAUCCAGCAGGGCUCUUUCAUUAUGUCAUUAAUAUGGUCAUCAGUAAGAAUUUAUAUGGCAUUUGUAUAUCCACAGAGAAUUGUUUGCGAAUUCUAAUCUCCCAAAAGGAGUGCCAGUGCUGAGUAGUGGUUGGUGAGCUUCAUCCUCACCAAGUAGGGUAGAGGCUUGCCAUGUAACCUAUAAGGAAAAUCAUUAUUAUGCCUAUAAGGAAAAUCAUGAAUGAUGUUCUUGAGGUGGGCCUGGGAAAGUCAGCCUGUGAAUGAGACUGUUUUUUCCUGGAAAUGAAUGGUUUGUCAAGGAGGAUACAAUGAGCAGUGCAUGUGCCAUGCAACUAGUGACAUUGCCCAUUAAGGCCAAAUGGGCAGUUCGCCAUUCCAAGCUUUUGUAUAGAUAAUGUGCAGGAGAGAUAUUUCAGUAGCAGAAUAGUUAGAGUAAGAUUGCACAUUUGAUCAAUCACUUUGAUUAACCAGUUUACAUAAAACAUUUGGUCAAUUAAAAGGCCACCUUCACGUAAUUGGGCACCGUAUUUUCUUUAGUGUGUUAUUUUAAAUAUAUGUUUGCAAAGCACCGAUAGAAGGUGCUUCAAAGUGGCACUUCCCCUCCCCCCCCCCCCUGGAAGGAAUGCUAAGACACACCAACUGCACCACAUAUGGGCUUCAUUUCAGGGCUGGCUCCAGGUUUUUGGGCUGUGGGCAAGAGACCUAAAGCUUGUGUUCUGCAUGGCAGCCCCGUUGUGCACACUCACCCAUGCAUAUAGAUACUUGUUUUGGGGCAGCGAAGGGGAGAACUCCAGAAGUCAGUGCUGUAGCUCCCUUGCUCUGGGCCACCAGAGAGCAGUUCCCUCCUCACCACUGCCAGUGCAGCAGUGAGUCCAGACAGAGAGGGUUCUGCAACUACCUGGUUGCUGUUCCUCACAUUGCCAUCACUGGUGAGAAGCUGCCAAAGCUCUCUGCCUUCAGGGGAUGCUAUUCUUGCUCCUCCUCGUUGUCGCUGAGAGAGGGGGGCGUUCUGGUGGGCUUCUCUUCCUCUGCUGCCAGAGGAGGAACCUAGGUGGCCUCCUACACAUGGUGGAGCAUAUGCACACAAGGCUAAACAAAAUGGUGUCAUCCAGUCACAGCUCCAGACAAUGUAGAUAGCAGUGAACCUCCUCAAGGUGCCUGGCAAUGCUGACUUCUGGCCCAACAUUAAAACAUACAACCUUUUUCUUCAGAAUGUUUUUAUUCUUUUGCACAGAACAAUCCUAUGCCUGUUUACUCAGAAGUUAGUACUAUUAAGUUCCAUUUUGCUUGAGUCAAACCUCAUGGAAGGACAAGGUUCAGGGUCCUUCCACACUAGGCGUGCAGUGUAGUUAUAGAGAAGCUAUUCUGAAUGGAUAAAGAUGUUUCAAAUGUUUGCUGGAAGUCCCAAGAACAUGAAGGGACUUUUAAUCAUUUAAAAAGGCUUAAAAAUGGAUACAAUUACUGUGCAUACGAUACAGCAGAUUUUAAAGGUUGAAUAUUAAUAAUCUGAAUAUUAACCUUGGGGGCUAAUGGACACAUAAUUAGAAAAGGACUAUGGAAGAUUAUUCCAAUAUAUGACUACAGUUUAUUUUGUUUUUAGAUAUGCUGUAACCUACCCAGAGUGGCUGGGGAAACCCAGCCAGAUGGGUGGGAUAUAAAUAAUAAAAUUGUUGUUGUUGUUGUUGUUGUUGUUGUUCAUUCACUUUGUAAGGGGCUUCCACCUGACACAAUUGUUUGUGAAAGA